CUCUAUUUUUUCGGUCCUACAUUCACCAUCGACAUUUCGCCUCCUCAGGCGGCGGCGGCGACUUACUCCCUCUCCCAGCCGGAGACCCAGCGGUUAUUUCUGAAGCAUAGGGUUUCGUCCGUUGUGGAGGGAGAAGAAGACGAGGAUGGGUUAGUGGGUUCGAUCUCGAUAUCCAACCGCAGUCGUUUUGGCCUUCCGAUGGCUAGAUCUGGGAAAUCGCUCGAAGAUUCUUCCGAUAGCCCGUCUUCAUCCGUCCGCGCUCCCGACGACAGCGACGAGGAAGAGGAAGACGACGGAGAGAGCAAUAGCAGCAACGGUGCAUCGUCGUCUAUGAAGAAAGGCCUCGGCUCUCUCGGCUCCAUGGACGCCUUGGAGGACUCUCUCCCCCCAAAGAAGGGAUUGUCGAAUUACUUCGCCGGGAAAUCGAAGUCUUUCGCGAGCUUGUCCGAUGCGUGCUUGGCGGUGAGCCAAGCGAAGGAUCUGGAAAAGCCGGAGCACCCGUUCAACAAGCGGAGGAGAAUUCUGAUGGCGAACAAGUGGUCGAGGAGAUCGUCGUUCUACAGCUGGCAUAACCCUAAAUCCAUGCCGCUGCUCACAUUGAACGAAGACGACGACGAAAGCGGCGACCACAAUCGCCGCCGGGGGAACGAAGAAGACGACGAAGAGGAAGAAGACCGUCGUGAAAGCCUCUCGUCGUCCUCGUCGUCGGAUAAGGAUGAAGAGGAUGGGAGACGAGCGCAGAUGGAGAGAACGAGUUGUUGUCGUCUGUGA